CAUCACUGAUGUGCAUGAAAGGCAGCACUCAUAUAUGGCACUGUUAGGUGGCACUGACUGGCACUGUUAGGCAGCACUGAUGAGCAUUGAUAGUGGCACUGAUUGGCAGCACUGAUAGGUGACACUGAAAGGCAGCUCAGAUUGGCACUGAUGGGCACUGGCAGGUGGCAUUGAUGGACUCUGACGGGUGGCAUUGCUGGGGCUACACUGAUCAUCAGGGCACACUUAUCAUCAGUGCCCUGAUGAUCACUGUCAACGUGACAGCUCAUGAGGAGAGAUAUGCAGAAAACUGGCAUUUCUCUAUUUACAUGCGAUCAGCUGUGAUUGGA